AACAUACAAAUAUAGUAGUAGUAUAGAUUAACCGUGACAACAUCUCGAUGAUCAGGAUGGAGGCCAAGCUCGUGGUGAUCCUUGCGGCCUGCAUGCUGUUUUCCUUUAGCAACAUAGGCAAUGCACAGCCGUGCACACCGUCGGAUCUCCUCGUCAACCACACCACCAUGCCAGGGAAGUUCGGAGGGCACCCGCAUUACCUGGUGACAGUGGAGAACAGGUGCAUAUGCACGCAGCUUGGCGUGAAGCUGGCGUGCGCGGGGUUCAACUCCACCGUCAGUGUCGGCCCGGUCGGCGUGAUCACGCCCAACGGGGACGACGCGCUCUGCACCCUCAACAGCGGCCAACCCAUGCAUGCAAACGAGACGGUCUUGUUCACGUACGCGUCGAGCAUGAAAAUCAGCUUCAUGCCCAUCUCGUCGUAUGUCGACUGCUCCAUCGCCCCCUCGCCGGCUCCGCAGGCCGCGUGACGUUUAGAUAGACUCUGAAAACCAUGAAACGGUACCACUUUAGAAGGUGGCACUAGCAAUCUUGUUUUGUUUUUUGCGGGGGAGCAAUCUUGUUUCGUUGUUCGCCCUCGCCACAGCAUA